UCUUGAAAAUAUUCAUGGCUAGUCUCGCAGCAGAAACUCAGGAAGACAUCCACCUCCCUUCCAGACAACAACGAAGAAGAAGACAUUGGUUUGGUUCUAAAUUCCAACAAUAUCAAAAUGCUUCAGGUUUGUAUUGCGGCAGGACGGAUAGAUGGCAAAUAUUUUUUCUUCAUUUUCAAUUUUUCUUAACUGGCUUCCCAAGCUGCAUCUCGUGUAACGAACUUCAUGUAUGAUGUCUUUCUCAGUUUCCGUGGGAAAGACACUCGCUAUUCUAUUGUCAGCCAUUUGUACGCAGCACUUGUUAGCAGAGGAAUCAUUACCUUCAAAGACGACAAAAGGCUUGAGAUAGGUGAUCACAUUUCUGACGAACUCUACAGAGCCAUUGAAGGUUCAGAUUUUGCUGUCGUUGUGCUUUCUGAGAACUACGCUACUUCCAGGUGGUGCUUGAUGGAGCUCCAACUGAUAAUGGAGCUUCAGAUGAAGGGAAGACUUGGUGUCUUUCCUGUCUUCAAUGGUGUAGAACCCUCUACCGUGAGGCAUCAGUUAGGAAGUUUCGAUCUAAAGAGGUAUCAACGUCCAGAAGACGCGGAUAAGGUUCCCAAGUGGAGAGAAGCUCUUAAACUGAUCGCUGAUCUUUCAGGUGUGGAAUCUGGACUCUGCAUUGAUGAGGCAACUAUGGUUGGGAAAAUUGUCGACGAUAUUUCAAGGCGCAAGGCGAUGAUGCAGAAGAUAGACUUCAGAAAUAUUGUUGGGGUAGAUACUCACUUGCAAGAUCUCAAGUCUCUCUUGGAUAUGGACUCCAAUAAUGAUGAGGUUCGUAUGAUUGGAAUCUGGGGAAUGGGAGGCAUUGGCAAAACAGCCAUUGCCAAGUGCCUCUAUGCCCAGCUCAAAUUUCAAUUUGAAGCUAGUAAUUUCACAGGAGACAUCAAGGGUAUUAAUAAAGACCUUGAUCUACUGCAGUUACAAAAGGAACUUCUCUACAGUACCGUCGGUGAGAAUAUUAAGCCGUGGAGCGUGGAAGCUGGAAGGGUCGAAGUUCAGGCUAGACUUGAGGGCAAAAAAGUUCUUCUUGUGAUCGAUGGUGUGGAUAAAGUGGUCCAAAUCCAUGCUCUGGCAAAAGAAACAAGGUGGUUUGGACGUGGGAGCCGUAUCAUCAUAACCACCCGAGACAGGGGCUUGCUCAAUAGUUGUGGAGUAAAAGCCAUUUAUGAGGUUAAAUGUUUGGACGAUAAGGAUUCCCUGUUGAUGUUUAAACAAAUUGCUUUUGAAGGGGACAGUCCUCCUUCUGUUGAUUUUGAACAACUAUCAAUCCGAGCAGCUCAGCUUGCUCACGGGCUUCCUUCUGCCCUCCAAGCCUAUGCCUUAUUUCUCCGUGGGAGGAACAAUACUCAUGAGGAAUGGGAAGAAGCAGUAUGUGGACUUGAAAGUACUCCUGACGAGGAUAUAAUGGAAAUCUUGAAAAUUAGCUACAAGGGCUUAGCAGAACCACAUCAGAAUGCUUUCCUUCAUGUUGCAUGUCUCUUUAAUGGUGACACAUUCCAGCGUGUAGCUUCACUACUUGAUGGUUCCAGACCUGAGAGGAACCUGGGGAUAAGAGUUUUAGCAGAAAAAUCUCUCAUCAAUAUAACUAAUGGAUAUGUAAUCCUGCAUAACUUGGUUGAACAAAUGGGAAGGAAAGUUAUGCUUGACAGUGGAAAAUUCCUAGGGGAUCCUGAGAAAAUUCAAGGUGCACUGGAUUACCAAGAAGGAACGGGACAAACUGAAUGCUUCUCCCUACACACAUGUGAGAUGACCUGUGCAUUUUCGAUGAAGACUAGUGUUUUCAACCAUAUGCGCGGACUUAAGUUUUUCAUGGUCUACAAGCAUGUUGGUGACAGAGAAUCAAGGCUGCAAGUCAUUCUAGACGAUGGCCACCAUAACAUACCUUAUUCCCUAAGGUUACUUCACUGGGAUGCAUUUCCAUUAAGCACCUUGCCUCUCAUACAAGAGGCUUAUUUUCUUGUUGAACUCAAUCUGCGUCACAGCAAUCUAGAAACGCUGUGGAGUGGAACACAGGUUUUCAGGAAUUUGAAGAAACUAGAUGUGACGGGAUCUAAGAAUCUCAAACAACUUCCAGUUCUUUCAUAUAUCCAGAAUCUUGACGAGUUGAUUUUAGAACAAUGCAUGAGACUGACAGGAAUCCCCAAGUCCAUUGGAAAAAGGUCUACCCUAGGAAGGCUUAAUCUAUCGUACUACGGUGGGCCUAAGACUCCAAUGGGUGUCGUUAUACGGAAAGUGUCUGAGACGCAGUGUAUUACAUUGGAGUUCCCAACUGCAAAACUGGACUUGGAACUUAUGAAUAUAUCGAUCGCUGGAGACAUCAAAUUUCAUUUUUCUGCAGGUUGUGAAGGAUAUGCUGAAUACUUCUCCUUUUGUUCUGAGCAAAAGGUCCAUGGUACAAGGACAGUAAGUGUACACCAAGCUCCUCGGCUCAUAUCCGAGUUCAACAAAUCUACUUCGCUCAAUAUCAGGAGGUUCAGCUACAAAGAGAACAGUCGACCUGUCACCUUUCACAAUUUUCCAUAUAUAUCUGGCCUGGAAGAACUAAAACUAGUCAACUUAAAUAUCCAAAAGCUAUCAGAUGCGAUUGGUCACUUUGAAUUCUUAGAAAAACUGGACUUCAGCGGAAAUGAUUUUGAGAGCUUACCAGAAGAUAUGAAUAGACUUUCCCGGCUGAAAACUCUCUGUCUUCGAAACUGCAGCAAACUCGAGGAAUUGCCAGAGCUAAAACAGGUGCAGUCACUCACUCUUUCCAACUGUAGGAGCCUCAGAUCAUUGGUGAAACCCUCUGAUGCAAUUCAGGAUCCGAGCAUAUAUUGUUUGCUUGAGCUUUGCCUUGACAACUGCAAGAAUGUGAAGUCAUUGUCAGAUCAGCUUAGUCAUUUCACCAAGUUGACAUUUUUAGAUAUGAGCAGCCAUGAUUUUAAGACAUUGCCAUCAAGCAUCAGAGAUCUUACCUCAUUGGUAACUAUCUGCCUCAAUAACUGCAAGAAACUCAAAUCACUGGAAGAACUUCCACCGAGCCUUCAGUUUCUCGAUGCAGAGGGUUGUGAUUCUCUUGACGCUGAUGCGUUGGAACAUUUUAAAGGGAGGCUAAACAAAGAGGUACCAGCACAGCCGCAGGUUGCUUGCUUCCAAGAAACUGAGAUGCUGAGUUACGAACGCCAAGGCAGUAAGAGUCGUCUACCCAAGUUCCUAUGCUGCUCACAUUUCUAGUUAUUCCUACACACUACUCUUGAUGAUUGUUCUUUUCAUGUUCGUCAUAGAUAAUAGAUUCGAACCUGGCAUUUUUGCUUCUUCCGUAACAUGAUGUUUCUAAUUUUAUAGAAAAAUAUGGUCGGUUACACUACA